UCUUUUGGAAAGAAACAAAAGGAGUCGAAGAAAACUGAGAAUGAUUAAUUUAAAUCGAAUAAUAAGUUAUAGUGAUGUUUUGUGUAGAAGCCAUCUUCGUAUGAAUCGAUUUGCUUUUAGUAAACUUCGUGAGUUGGUUAGAGAUAUUGGAGGCUUGAGUGACACUAGAAAUAUGACUGUGGAGGAGAUUGUUGCAAUAUUCUUAUACACAAUAUCUCACCAUAAGAAAAAUAGAUGCGAUAGUUCUUACUUUUACAGUAGUGGAGAAACCGUUAGUAGACAAUUUCAUUUGUGUUUAAUGACCAUUCUAAAAUUACAUGAUGUGUUACUUAAGAAACCUUCUCCAAUAACUGAAGAUUGCGAAGAUGAUAAGUGGAAGUAUUUCAAGAAUUGUUUAGGUGCACUUGAUGGCACGAUGAUUAAUGUGACAGUACCUAGUGAGGAUCGAUCAAAAUAUCAAACUCGAAAAGGUAGCCUUGCCAUGAAUGUUUUAGGAGUGUGUUCACCUGAGUUAGAAUUUAUAUAUGUACUACCUGGUUGGGAGGGUUCAGCGCAUGAUGGUCGAGUACUUCGAGAUGCUAUUUCUAGGCCUAAUGGGUUAAAAGUGCCAAGAGGUUGUUAUUAUUUAUGUGAUGGUGGAUAUACUAAUGGAGACGGAUUUCUUACACCACAUAGAGGACAACUUUAUCACCUUAGAGAAUGGAGGAACGGAAACCGACAACCACGAAGUGCAGAAGAGUACUUCAACUUAAGACACGCAAGUGCUAGAAAUGUGAUUGAAAGAUGCUUUGGAUUAUUGAAAGGGAGAUGGGGUAUUCUUAGGAGUCCAUCAUGGUUUAGUUUGCAAACUCAAGGCCGAAUUGUCCUAGCUUGCUGUUUACUUCAUAAUUUAAUUAAAAAAUAUAUGCCACCAGGAUCGAUUUAUGAGGAUAUUUCGGAUGAUGAUGAAGAGCUUGAUGUUAGUGAAGAUGAUGACUUAGGAGUUGAGUACAUAACUUCUAUUAAUGUUUCUAAUCCAUGGACAAGUUUCAGAAAUGAAAUGGCUCAAACUAUGUUCAACAAUUGGCGAGCUCGACGACAACGAGAUGAUCAAUAAUAUGUGACUUUGAUGUUUGUAUUGUUGUAGAUGCAAUAGUUCCUUCAAUGUUUUAGUUGCUGUAUUUUUUUUUAAUGUUUGUACUACUGUGUUACAAAUGAACCAAGAUGUAGACAUGAAUUCUCAUAUUAAUAUGUUAUGCUGACAUUAAUUAUGUUUUCUUUUUUCUAAUAUCUUUUUAAUAUUUUAUUGAAAUUGAGCAUUAUAAUAGGAUGGAGGAAAGUAAUGGUAGUGCUGGAGUUACUAUUGGCAACAACAACAUGGGUGGACGAGGUAGGCAUAAAAGAUUUUGGAGUGGUGAGGAGGACAAAGCUCUAGUUCAAGCACUUCAUGAGUUAUCUGUUGAUCCAGAUUGGAAAUGUGAGAAUGGAUUUAGAAAUGGUUACAUGGUUCGCUUGGAAGAGUUGAUUGGAAAAGCAAUGCCGAGUUGUGGGCUUAAAGCUUCACCUCACAUUGAUUCCAGGCUCAAGACUCUUGUGGGAAAAUUUAGGGCAAUUCUUUUGAUGUUGGGUACAAGUGGCUUCAAAUGGGAUGAUGAGAGGCACAUAAUAUCUAUUGAGCGAUCUGUGUAUGAUGACUUCUGCAAGACUCACCCUUCUUGCAAGAACUUGUAUGGCGUAACUUUCCCUCAUCUAAAUGUCAUGAUGGAGAUAUAUGGCAAGGAUUAUGCAACUGGGAAGCCUGCUGAGGGUUUUCAGGAAGCUGUUAUUAACAUAGAAAAAGAG